UCAAAACAAACAUAACCUGAAAAUAGCCCCCUCAAAAUGUUAUUACGCAAAAACGUGCUCCCUCGCAGCCUUUCGGACACUUUAGUGACUGUGUUUACCCUGUGUAUAAUCCCCACUGUGUAUUACUUUGAGUUAUUCGUGGUGUUGCCCCAUUUCUACCCUCAAUGGGACUUUUGGUACACUUUCCAUUUUUUAAGUGGGACGUUUAUUUUAUUCAAUUUGUGUGCGAAUUACGUGGCGAUUGUGUUGUGUGAUACCAGUAUUCGGGGGAGGAUCCUCCCCACAACAAUGGGGCCAAACUGUCGGUUCUGUACCGUUUGUGAAUGCAUAGCGCCCCCCAGGUCGUGGCAUUGCCACACUUGCAACGUGUGUAUCCUCAAACGCGACCAUCAUUGCAUGUUUACAAGUUGUUGCAUAGGACACCACAAUUUACGCUAUUUUAUCGUAUUCGUUUUUUACAUUUUCGUAGCCACUGUCUACGCUUCUUACUAUAAUUUAUUUUUCGUACUCGAAUUUGCCGAAUUUGGAACGUUUGAAUCGAUAAUUAAGUUGGUUUUUCCACUUGCAACGCUAUUCGUUGACUAUUCACGAAAUCAAAUGUAUUUAUUCUUAGUUUUGAUUGUCUUAAUUGGGGGCGUUUUUACGGGGGUUUUGUUGUAUUUUCACGGCGAUUUAAUUUUAAGGGGGGUUGUUACACACGAAAGGAAUCAAAAGAUGGGGCUGUAUGAUCUCGGGAGGAGAAAAAAUGUGGAGGGGGCUUUAGGGGACAGGUGGUGUCUCGUGUGGUUGUCACCUUUUAUUGAAAGUAAGUUGCCCCAUGAUGGAGUCAACUGGGACGCAAAACAAACACCCAAAGCUAAAUAACCAGACUUAAGCAACAAAAAGUACUCAUUUUUGCCCUAUUGUGAUAUACUGUGUAGGGGAAACUGGGGUAAGAAGGGACACAGGGUAAAAAAUCUAUAAGAUUUUGUAUAGAUGCAACAAAUAUUUAAAAAAACUUUGGAUUUUAAUCAUCAGCCAAAUUUCUGAUCAAAGUGGUCUGUGAUUUUGAAAUUAUAAGUUGGCAACAUGAGACUUGUUUUUUUUUAUCUUCCGUCUGUAUCUUUCACAAUGUUGCCAACUUAAUUUUGUAAACACUUACUAUGCCCUGGCCUCUCCUAUAUUGAUGGCCAAAUGAAACAAACAUGGAAAAAACGAUAUACUUUAUUAGUAAAAUGUGUAGAUACAGGUGUCCCAAAAGUGUGUCAAGAAAUAUAAAAUUUGUCAGUUUUGUAUUUUGGCACUGAAUCGAGUAGUUUGACACUUUGGGGUCACCCAAUAUGGAAAAUGGCUAGCACCAAUUUAAAAAUUUGCACAAAAUCACCCAUAAUUUGGCAGUUGAAUAAAUUGUACCAACCUUAACUUAAUUACGAACAAAUUGUAUGUUAAUGGCACUUCCUGGUACAAGUUAUCUAAGAAACAUAUCUAUGUAUAACACGUAGGUAACACCGUUAUGUUUUAUAUUUUCACAAAAAAAUCACAAUUGUUUCAAUGACUGUUAAUAAAUGUGUUUUCGUAAAA